AUGGCGGCGUCGUCGUCGUGGGAGGCGCCAGCCGGUAGCGGCGGAGUAGCACCCAAGUGGUUGGUAACAGAGAGUCGGAGAGUAGAGACGCCGCUGGCCGCGCCAGUACGCUCCUGCGCAGUACCUUUUCCCCCUCCCACUAUCGCCUUUCGUCCCGCUACGCGACCAGUCGGUUCCUUGUUUGCCAUCACAAAAUCCAAUAGUUUGCCUUGUACCACGGAAGGAGUACGAGUGCGCGGUUCGGCAGCUUUACAUACGCGUCUUUUAGAAAAGUGCGGUGAAUCCAACGAGUCCGAUAAACGACUGGUGAUACGUACCAAGGGUGUUACGAGUCAAAGGUACCUCCUUUGGCGGCGUCGGCGGCAGCGGCACGGCGGCAGCGACGGCGGCGACGGUGGUGGUGGUAGUGGUGGUGGUGGUUGUGGUUGUGGUGGUAGUAGUGACGGUGACGGUGAUGGUGACGGCGUCGGUGGCGGUGGCGCUUCGCGGAGGAAGUGA